AUGUUUCCCCAACCACACGCUCUUUUGGCAUUGGCGCUCUUUUUCCGCCCGUUCUUUGUCUCUCAGACAGAAGCCAAGUCCUUAACACCGAGCGGGAACCAGUAUUACUGCUGCCAGGCGUUGUGGACUGAAGACCAGAAAAUUUUCGGACAGGAAUGUGUGCAGCAUUCUUGUGACAGUGUACAUGAGUUAUGCUGCAACAGUAUUGUCGAGUUGCACUCCAUACGAUCCCACUGCUCCGUGCAAGCAUUAACCUCCAUUCCCAUUCCGUCCACCACCUAUUACACCGGAAGCGAAUACGAUUCAUCUUCGCUUUAA